AGAUAAGCAAGUUGGAUUAUUGAAGCUGGAUAUGAAUGUGAGGACAUGGUGCAUGGACAGAAGCAUGGUUACCAGUUCCUUCCCCCAUCAGGACAGUGCUGCUGGGGAGUAAUUGAAGCGUAUUUGUCUUUUAACGGUGCUUGUUUUAUUUAUUCCAGGAUUCUGUGCAAUGUCCCGCUGCUUUCCAUUUCCGCCUCCAGGAUAUGAGAAGAAAGCUAGAUCGGAUGAUACAGACUUAUUAAAAGAGGUGGACACCGCCCUCGCCCCAAUAUCCCACCUUCGAACUCCAUCCCUCCUUUUCUCUCCGGUCGUCUUGCUUGCUUACUCGACUCGGAUGGAAGAAAAAGAGAAAUCCAGAGAGAAAAGAAGUAGAAAGGAGAAGAGGGACAAAGAGAAGAAAGACAGUACAGAAAAAAGGAAGAAAGGUAGAACUGAGGGAAAACACAAGGAAAAGAAAGACAGAAAGGAAAAAUACAAAGAAAAGAACGAAAAGCACAGGGACAAGAGAAAUGAUAAGGAGGAAAGGGACAAUGAUAAAGAGAAAAGCAGCAUUUCAGUGGAGAAGAAAAUUUGUUGUCAAUCUGACGGUUAUAAUGGAGAGAAGCUUCAGCAGAAAGAGGAGUGGGGUAAAGAUAGCAGAAGAUCAAGUGAAAAGAAACCUUCUGUGCAUGUUUACAGUUCUAAUGGAGAGAAGGCUAUUCGAAACAGCUUUCUGGCUGAAGAGACUGAGGAUUCCAAAUUUGUGCAGGAGCUGGGCAGGAGGAUUAGAAAUGAAGAAAAUGGAACAGGGAGGACAGAUUGGAAAAAGGACGAAGGGAUGGACAGAUUUGCAGUCACGGAGACUGGAAUGCUGUCUGAAGGGAAGGAAAAGAACAAGGAUAAGAAAGUUGUUAAUAGAAAGAUGGAUAGGCAAGGAAUCAAGGCUGAAGUUAGAUUUUGUAGAAAUGCAAUGGUCCAGAACCUCGUCGGAAUUGUCCAAAAUAAAGUUGAAGAAAUGCCUAGACCAGUGGAGAAGAACGUUGAGAGAAAGAUGGAAAGGAAAGAGAAAUCUAAAGAAAGAGAAGGUGUUGUUAAAAGAGGGGACAAGCGUAUGGAUAAAGGUAGGGAGAAAAAAAGCCACAGUAUGGGUAAUUACCGGGAAAAAGAGAAGAAAAAGGCGGAGGAUACGAAAGAGAAAAGUGAAAAUAAGAAAUCAGAGCAGAAUAAAUUUAAAGAUGUUAUCAAGAAUGACCUUAUUGGUGUUUCACAUAAUAAUGCCUCACAUUUGCCCAAGGAUUGCUACAAGAAUGCUUUUAACAAGGAAAGUCUCAAGAGAAGAAAAGAUUUUGAGACAAAUGGUUUUCUGCAUGACAGUGAAGUCAGGCCUACUAAAUUGCCAAGGCCAACUUUACAUCCGUUCAUAGAGAAUGGAAGGAAAUUGGAAAGUUGCCAAAGUCUUGCAUCCUAUACUUCUGAUAGGCAGGGGGCUGCAAAUAAUCAUAAGGUGGAUAACAAGGAGAUCAAGGUGAAUGGUGUUAUUGAAGCCAAGCCAUUGUUUGUCUCUAUACCAAAGCCUUUGUCCGCUAAUACGCUUGCUGAUCAAAUUGCUGAAAGAACAAGUAAACCUCCCCAUCCUGAUACCAAGUAUUUGAGCCAUGUAUUCUCAGUUCCCAAUUUGGAGUGGUCUGAUUUUGAUGACCAGGAGUGGUUGUUUAGCAGCAAAUAUCCUCGGUCAAAGAAACCCGAGGUGGUUUCUGUCAGUAUCAAGAAGGAGCAGCAGGUAUGGGCAGAAGCUCUGCAGAUAGAAUCAGCUGAUGUUUGUGCUCUGCCGUUUGUCAUUCCUCAGUGAUUAGUAAUUAAAUCAUCCGAUCUUAUGCCCUGACCUCUCUGAGGGACAAAGUGUAGUUCAAUACAUGGCAGCAUUUGGUUCUUGAGAAGAAUUUUUGGGUUUUCUAGCCACAUUCUUACAGUCCUCUGAUGCACUAUGCAUGUGAUCGAUUGCCCUUGUUCUGAAGUAACUUCACCUACAAUUGGACUCUGUCACACACCAUUGCUUUUUGGAUCAAUGCAGCGCUACAAUUAGAGGACAGAUUUUUGCCUCUGGCACAACGAAUUUAUUCAAAAUUGGAGAAUUUCCACUAGGACCCAGAUGAAAUUGAGGAGUCUUUCGAGAAGAAGAUGCAUGAGCCUGUGCAAUUUUAUUUUAUUUGCUUAAAGCUGAGAUGCUCUUUCUAAUUUAGAGUGUAAAAAGUUAUUGGCUGUGGUUUUUACAGCUCCACUAGAGUUUUGAUUUGUAACAUAGAACACUUACAUACAAGAAAUGUAAUAUAAAGGGAAAAUAGAUGGGGAUAGUUUCAUUCAUUUGACUAACAUGAGGUAAUUAUUGAUGCC